CUUUUUUAUAUUACAUAUGGCAAAUGCAACGUCUACACCACGUAGUUUGCAUGUGGAGUUUGUUUCUUUCUUGCUUUGCCUACCAACGAAAAACACAUAUGACAUUGUGCUGUAAACCCUUCUGAUUCAUAAUUGUCAUGUGUAAACCAGAUUAGACCGCGACAGAAUCCUGUAUGUUGGAGUAGAAAUACAAUUUUGUCUCUUCGUUUCUCUCGCUAAGGGGAUAAAACGUUCUACCAGAUCUCUCGUCUGGAAUAAAUGCUUAUGUUUAUCGUACGGAGCCGUAGCGGGCAAGUUUCUGUCGGAGAUUCGCUACCACACGGGAAGGUGAAGCGUCGGCUAUAUCAUUCUAUCGGGAGAUGCUGGUGGACUGGUAGAAAUAUACUGGUAACUGGUGUGCCCGGGAGAUCUAUCUUGUAUGUAACUUGGUCGCGGGACAUUGUCAAUCAACUUAUCGCCAUAUGGAGUGUUAGAGCUUGAUGAAUUGGUGCAAAGGAAUACUUAUUUCCGAGGAAUGAUAAAUUUUCGAGUUUUCGCUGCAUGAUUCGACGGAAUUUUUGGUUUCUGUUCUUUCACCUUCCGGUGUGUGACGGAGAUUUUAUCGCGCGGAUUUUGAAAAGGUUGAGAGUCCUCGUUGAUUGUGAGUCAAGUGUGGGUCCUCGGUCUUUAGCGAAGGCUCCAGCGAUGUACUCUACAGAUGAUGCAAGCUGUUGUAGCAGGUUGUCAUUUGGUUUGGAGGGUUAUGCCAGCUCAUCGUUGCCUCAAAAACUCAACUUGAUUACUACUUCCUCACCCGUCUAUAGGAGCUCGGAGAGCUAGCCAGGCACUAUGUACCGUGUGGAAAUGAAUCGAGCGGAAGUCAGUCAUAGUCACUCUAUCCGAUGGGCCGUGAUAGUUGCGGCAGACCUGCUACUCAUUGCGUUGUGCAGUAAGAAACAAGCAAUCCUGCCAGAAACUGCAGUUGACGUAGAGGAGUCGUACUCCCUAAGCCCAACAGUAGGAACACCGCAUAACUUUCCCACUGCGGAACUUGUUGGCAAACUAUUAGUGAAUUCACAGCCGCAGAACGCUGUGAUUGCGUGGGAUCCAAUCGGCUGGGAUUAUACUUUUCCACAACCCUGUGACACUAUCAAACCACUUUUAAUCUUGGAAUAUAAUCUGAACGUAUUGUGGAUAUAUAUUUUGCUACUGUGUUGUGUUUUAUUUUGUGUGAAAUUCUCAAGGAGCCGAGAGUGGGGGUCAACCAGCCAGCCAACAAGAUCAGGCAACUCCACGCAGCAGGAGUCCCGUUUUCACCCCAGCAACAAAUCUCUCCUUCGGGAACGACGAAACUUCCAACUUCCAUCACCGAGCAGAGAAUCACCAUCAUCAUCGUCGUCGUCAGCCCCGCCACGACCACGAUUAUCAUCACCAAGCAACAAGUGGGUCAUCCAACCAUUCAUCAAUCCCUGUCAACGACUGUCGGCCCCUCGAGCGCAAGUCAACAUCCCACAGCCUUCCGGGUGCCAACACCUCGUCUCCAACCUCGACAGGAGGUUACCCGACAUCGCCCUCGAACUCAACCUCGACAUCGGCAAGACGGAGUCGUUUAUCUCCGACCACCCUCUCAGCUGUUCCUUCCCGUCCUCACUACCUCCACCUCCCAGACGCGCCCACUACCAGCCCCAUGGGUUGUAUAUUAUCCAAACGAAAUAAGAACCACGGCCUCGAAGGCGAUAUAAAAGUCACUGACCUCCAUGCCCGCAUUGACCCCCAACCAACGACCCUCAUUGAGACAUCACCAACGGUGCUCAAGUACCAGACACCGCACUUCAGGGCCUCAGCAAAGGUUCGAUUCCCGCCCGUCAGCUCUUCAGAUACGUGGGAGGUGGGAUGGGUACAAGGUUGCAGCAACAUGGAUUUCUUUAUCACCUAUGGAGACCUUGGCAUAUCGAGUUGGGAGAUUCCAGCGCUCAAGAGCGGUCAGCAACGUUUUGUGAGCGACUCGGACGGGAAACAUUACCCUUGGUACGGCUGCACUACUGAAGUAGGGGUGAUCGUGGGACCUACGAACUGCUACACCGUCUGUCAUCUACGGAUGAACGAUAAUUUCCACCCCUCCAUCACAUGGGACAUUCCGGUGCGCAACAGUCACGAGGUCAAACUUACCAAGCUCGCGCGCGACCAGAGCUUUACGGUGUGGUUAAUCGCGAGCAACAAAACGACAGGUCAGAAGUUUGUGCUUCGUACGAUAAAAUGGCGAAUGCAAAUCAACAUCGCGGUGGAUGGUCGACAACCUUUGGGACGACGAGCACACCUUUUAGACCCCAUAAUUCAGGAACAACCGCAAAUACUAGAGCCAAAUCAGAACGAACUACCCCCUCCGGAAGCCCUACGCGCACCCAACGCCAACAACGCGCAAACUUUAAUAUGGCGACCCAUGACGGGGCGUGAAGUAGUUAUAGUACCUCCAGUAAGCCAGUAGCGAUUUUUACUUCACUGGUGGACUUCUAGAAACUUUCUGUAAUUGAGAAUCACAAUCAAAAUGAGCAAAUAUGACUGUUUAAACGAAGAGCAUAAAGUGAUUGUUUUUAUAUUUAAGAGACGAUGAGAAAGAGAGCAAUACGUUUAUAUCACUGUCAACUGCCGAAUUUUUGCUUCACAUGUCGAAAUGGCCAUUAACAAAUGCCAGAUGAGUUUAAGGUAUUUCAAAAUGAAUGGAUGGCGUCGUUGUAUGACAAACUACGUAACAGACAGUACUUAAAGUGUGAUAUUGCUGACAAAGAAUGCUCGCAACUUUCCAGCGGUUAUGUGCAAUCUAGCUACCAAGACUUUCUUCUCAUUGUUUUCCUGAUUUGACAUUGACGUUGAUAAUGACCUCAAAGAAGUAUGAAAAUCGUGUGGCCUGUUGCGGAUGAUAGGUCUGUUAAAAAAUAUGAAUGAACAAGAAAAUAAUUGUAUAAUUUGACCACAUGAAUUGGACAAGGUGAAGCAUCAGUGCCUUAAUUGAAGAAUCAUUUAUUUUUAUCUUUAUAUUGGAAGAGUAAAUAGUCGUACAAAUAAACCCUGAUUAUAAAUUAGUUAGGCCAUUGUGCACCAAUUUCUUUUCUUGUCAGAGAUGCGCAUGUCUUCCAGCCACGAGUUCUUUUAUCUGUGCCUUGAAAUAUCUGCUGAUUCAGUGACUGUAUUUGUGAGAUGUUCAGCAGAACUGCUGCAAGGGAAAUGUAGAGUCUCAAUCUGUCCCAGUCACACUGUUCCCGAUCGACCCGUGAACGAUCUGUGAGAGCCGUCAUCAGUAUCCUGUAUCGUUGGUUGUCGAUCUGUCCGGGGUCAUGAUGGUUAGACCAAUAAGGGUGUGUGUGACUGAUUCCUAUAAGCGAGCUCUUCAUUGUACCAUGAUUAAUGUUGGUAAAAUGGUAGAUAAUUAAAUAAUAAAUAUAUGCUAUUUAAGUAUUAAAGUACACUGUAACACAAAGGCUGAUUAUGUUUUUCACACCCGGUUUAUCGUACAAGUUCCUCCAUUGAUAUCCUAUGAAAAAUAACAAGGAUUCUUACAAAAGGUAUACCCGCCAAUGAUUAGGCCUAUAAGCGUUGCAGCACCCCCAGUUUUAAAAGGUUAAUGUGAUUUGCAAGCCUUCUCUGAAUACUUACGGGAUACCAUAAUUAAAUCACAUUUAUUGGUAAAUGCAUGCUUGCUGAACCUUGGGGGCGGGCUGGAAUUCUAUAUGAGGGAAGGGGCAUGCUGGUGUUUACACUAUUUUGAACGUCUGUUCUAUGGCAAAAUUGAAACGCGGUCUGAAAUAUGAACACAAAGGGAACUUAGCUGUCCGGUAAGUCGGAAUGAUGGGAUAUGUCCACUUCUGAAAUAAUAAUUUACACUAUCAAAGCUCAAUCCAGAUUUCCAGGAUUUAAAAACAAAUCUCGAGCGGCUAUUAAAAAAGACAAAUCGAACAUUGCUGAUUUGAAUAUGGGAACUUUGGGAUUUAAAGACAAAUUCAUAGGAUUCAAAACUAAUCAAAAUUUGUCUGGUCACUACUCACAGUCGCUAUAUGGAUCUGUAUUAAAUCCUUGAAAUUGAGUUCAAUAGUAAAUUAGACAUCUGAGCGAAUAGAAUAAAAUUGUUGAUCUUGUAGAGAAUAAAACAUGAGUUCUAUUGUUCUAACCAAAGAACUCCAUAUUCGUUAUGUUACUAUUAUCAAGUAAUCCACAACUACUUUGACCAACAUGAUAUUUGAGUGUUACAGCAUAACGUAGCACAUGAUCUGUGAAUUCAGUAUCAAUAAUCAAAUCAAUUGAUGCUUCAAUUUUGCUCCAGACUCCGAAAGUAUUGCAUUUUGCCCAGGAGCAAGAAUAAUUGGACGAUGUUAAGAGGAUGUUCCACUUCCUGUGUAUUUAAAGUGGUGAAUACUUGAGAAAAUGAUUUGCAUAUUCCUCGAAAUUUGUAACUUAUUUAUGACAGAAACUAUGCAAACGAUGUUGCUGAAUUUGAGAGGAUAUGCAAAAUGUAAAUAUACUUUCACACUGAGAAACAAUGUCUUCCGAUAUUGAAGAAGGAGAAAAAGUUCAAUGGCCUUUCAUUCUCGCUUUAAAAAAAAGAAAAUAUCAUUAAUAUUUUUAACUCUAAUUUCUAAAGAAUGUCAUCCCCAUUUUUUUUUGCGGGGGGAUGCAUAUGCUGAAUCUGAAAUGUUUAUUUCAUUGUCGGGGUUUAAUUUGCGUUCAGUUGGUCUAGUGCUACAGUCUCGUGGAUAGCACCAACUCCAGUCCAGUCAAAGCUUUUACGCUAUACUACCCGUGACUUACAAUCGGUCGAUUUGGAGUCGGUUUCGUUGGUGUGACUGUAAUCAUACACAGCAAAAACUGUGGUGUUAACCGGUGUACAUAGAGGACCA